UGAAAAGUAGAACAUUCAAGAAAGAUGAAGGAUUCAGACUUCUUGUCGAUGUUGGUGCAACUCUCUGAGGCAAUCAGCAAGGAAGGUGAAAAGUAUGUAGACAUGUUGAGGGUUCUGUACAGAGAUCUUGCAGAGUUCAAAGUAGACUUGGAGGAAGCUAAAUCUGCAUUUGAUUUAUUCCAAAUACUAAGAGUUGGUAAUGUUUUGAAAGCAACAGACAUUUCAGUUUUAUUUGAAACGAUUGAAGUAACUGGAUUAAGGUAUUUGGAGGAGAUAGUUAAGGUGUACGAGACAUAUCCAGCUGAAGUGAAGAUCACUCAAUUUUCAGCACAUCGUCAACAUCUUGUUGCUCUUGGAAAAGACUUUUCUAGCAGUGAUGUUCAAGAUAUUAGUCGGUUGUACAAAGUUCCAGAUGAUUUCUGUUCUAAUCCAUGGAAACUAAUCACAUUUCUUGAAAGUGAGGGUAUUGUUUCAGAAGAUAAACUGCCAUUGUUUCUCACGAAUUUGAAAGGAGUUGAUACACAUUUAGAGAACUCAACUACAGUACUGUAAACUGAUGAUGUCUAAACAUUGAAUACCAAAAAUGCAUCACUGAAGCAUUUUAUUAAGGAUUUAAACACAUUCCUUGCGUCACAAUAAUUAUUUUCAAUAAUUAUUGUGACACUAGCUUUAGUCUCUGAAACAAUAGUUAAUUUUUAACAAAUAAAUAUUUGGGAAAG